AUGUGUACCAACUCUCAGCGGACCCAUUUCGUCGUCGUGGUAGCAGAAGCUCGGGGAGGUCUCAGCCCGGGGCGGGCGCUCGACUCGCCCCCAGUUCCACAGCCCCUCCCCUCCUCGGGCCCGGCCCGAGGCCAGAUCCUCGCCAGAGAUUCCGGACCUCCUCAGGAUAGCCCACCUGAGCCCCCACAGCUCGCGCAGCUUCCGCACCAGAGCUCUAGGCGCCCUCCAGCCAGCACCGCCGAGGAGCGCUCACCUGAGCCCGCGCCGCUCCGGAGGCUCCGCCCCGAGUCCCCGCCCCUUGCCGCUCCCCGCUCCGCCGGGCCUGGCCGCUCUAGCCCAGCCGCCGCCUCGUCUCGGUGUCCUCGCCACUUCCUCCUCCGGGGCUUGGGAGGGGGGGCGUGGCGUCGAGUCUGA